GUUUGCAAUGCUGUAAUUUUCUAGAAUACGUAAAUGAACUCUUAGAAGCUGAUAAAGAAGGGGGCAAGGAACUUUGUUAUGGGACAUUCUUGAACCCUGGAUCAUGGGAUGCUGCACUUCUUGCUGCUGGNACUACACUUUCUGCAAUGAAGCAUUUAUUGGAUGGCCAUGGAAAAGUUGCUUAUGCCCUGGUUAGGCCCCCUGGUCACCAUGCUCAACCUUCUCAGGCUGAUGGCUACUGNUUCCUUAACAAUGCAGGUCUAGCAGUGCAAUUGGCUUUAGAUUCUGGGUGCAAGAAGGUUGCAGUUAUAGAUAUNGAUGUUCAUNAUGGAAAUGGCACAGCAGANNGGUUUUAUAGAUCUAAUAAGGUUCUUACCAUCUCUCUUCANAUGNAUCAUGGAUCAUGGGGUCCAUCUCAUCCCCAAAGUGGAUCGGUUGAUGAGCUGGGCGAAGGAGAAGGUUAUGGCUAUAACUUGAACUUACCUCUACCAAAUGGAACUGGGAACAAGGGAUAUAUAUGUGCCUUCAAUGAGUUGGUUGUUCCAUCAAUCCAAAAGUUUGGACCUGAUAUGAUAGUUUUGGUUGCUGGACAAGACGCUAGUGCAUUUGAUCCCAACGGAAGACAGUGCUUAACAAUGGAGGGCUAUAGAGAAAUUGGACGGAUUGUUCAUGUUCUUGCGAAAAGUGAGAGUGAUGGGCGGCUUCUAAUUGUGCAGGAAGGUGGAUAUCAUGUCACAUAUUCUGCAUAUUGUUUACAUGCAACACUUGAGGGGGUUCUCAACCUUCCUAUCAGUCUACUAUCAGAUCCUCUAGGAGUGUACCCAGAGGACGAUUCAUUUUCAGUCAAAGUUAUAGAAGCCAUUAAGAAUUAUCAAAAAGAUAAAGUGCCCUUCUUGAGAAACUCGUAAGAUUCU